UGGAUCUCCUAUGCAGGUCCCUUGACCUUACUUUGUUUUAUGGCAAAACCAGUUCCCACCAGAUGGCUCCUGAUGGACAAAGGUGUCAGCUGUGAUGCAUGUUUAAAAGGAAAUUUUCGAGGUCGCAGAUACAAGUGUUUAAUUUGCUACGAUUAUGAUUUGUGUGCAACUUGUUAUGAAAGUGGUGCAACAACGACGAGGCAUACAACUGACCAUCCAAUGCAGUGCAUACUAACAAGAGUAGAUUUUGAUUUGUAUUAUGGUGGAGAAGCUUUCUCUGUAGAGCAGCCACAGUCCUUUACUUGUCCUUAUUGUGGAAAGAUGGGUUAUACGGAAACAUCUCUUCAAGAACAUGUUGCUUCUGAACACACAGAAACAUCAACAGAGGUGAUCUGUCCAAUAUGUGCAGCAUUACCUGGAGGGGAUCCUAAUCAUGUCACAGAUGACUUUGCAGCUCAUCUUACACUGGAACACAGAGCUCCUAGAGAUUUAGAUGAAUCUAGUGGUGUUCGGCAUGUACGUAGAAUGUUUCACCCAGGCCGGGGUUUGGGAGGCCCCCGUGCACGUAGAUCAAACAUGCACUUUACUAGCAGUUCCACUGGUGGGCUUUCAUCUUCUCAGAGUUCAUAUUCUCCAAGCAAUAGAGAAACCAUGGAUCCUAUAGCUGAGCUUUUAUCUCAAUUGUCAGGCGUGAGACGUUCUGCAGGGCAGCUCAAUUCUUCUGGCCCUUCUGCUUCUCAGUUACAGCAGCUGCAGAUGCAACUGCAGUUGGAGCGACAGCAUGCACAGGCAGCAAGACAACAACUGGAGACUGCACGCAAUGCAACUAGACGCACUAACACAAGCAGCAUCCCCACCACUCUUGCACAGUCUAUAGCAGCAACCAAUACAUCUAAUACAGAAAACAAUCAUCAGACUAUACAGAACUCCCAGUUUCUUCUUACGAGGUUGAAUGAUCCCAAGAUGUCAGAAGCAGAGCGUCAGUCAAAGGAAAGCGAACGGGCAGACUGCGGCUUGUUUGUUCAAGAGCUUCUACUGUCGACUUUGAUGCGGGAAGAAAGUUCCUCCUCAGAUGAGGAUGAACGGGGAGAGAUUGCUGAUUUUGGUGCUAUGGGCUGUGUAGAUAUUAUGCCUCUAGAUGUUGCUUUAGAAAACCUAAAUUUAAAAGAGAAUAAUAAAGGAAAUGAGCCUCCUCUUUGAUGGCAUCCCACUUUGCAAACAAUGUCCUCUGUGCUGUAUUUGCCAAUGAAAGUGGACAACAACUAUCUUGGGUUUGUUUUGGUGAUUGUAAUUUCAGGUCUGUCACUCUUGUUACAUUGUGUACAUUUAAAGGAAGAGAGAUAAGAUAUAUGCGAUAAUCAUUUCCACUUAACCAAUUUUUACUUUUAACAGGUAAAUAUAGGUUGCAGUGCAGAGAAAAAAGCUCUGCAUCCUGUAGCUUAACGUGCAAAAAGCUCUCCUAAUACUCCACAUUCAAACUGAAGAGGAAAAAAUGAAAAAUCUCUAAUGAAGCUGCUGUGUGUAUUUAUGAAUAUUAAUGAAUAAAAAUUGCUUGGAUGGUUUAACUUAA